CUUUUUGAGUUUAUAAAAUAAAACUUAUAAUAAAUUAAAUUUAAUUAAUUAAGGCUUAAGGGAUGAAAAUGGAUUGAUGUUAUAAAAAUACAAUGAUGAAAAGGAACAAAUAUACAGUAUCCUUUGACGAAGUAAAUGGAAGCUUCUGAUUCAUAUGGCAGUUAAACGAGCCUCGUGAAGUUCUUUCGCUCCCGUGUUUGACAAUGGCUCGUGGUCCCAAAAAGCAUUUGAAGCGUUUAAAUGCUCCAAAAUCAUGGAUGUUGGACAAGCUUGGUGGUGUUUUUGCGCCAAGGCCCAGCUCAGGUCCACACAAACUUAGGGAAUCAUUGCCCUUAGUAAUUUUUCUCCGUAAUAGACUAAAGUAUGCACUUACAAAUACUGAAGUAACUAAAAUUGUGAUGCAGCGUCUCAUAAAAAUUGAUGGCAAAGUGAGGACAGACCCUAACUACCCUGCAGGUUUCAUGGAUGUGAUUAGCAUUGAGAAAACUGGUGAAUUUUUCCGAUUGAUCUAUGAUGUUAAGGGACGUUAUGCUAUUCACAGAAUUACUGCUGAUGAAGCCAAGUACAAGCUGUGCAAGGUUAAAAGGGUGCAGACUGGGCCUAAGGGUAUUCCUUACUUAGUUACCCACGACGCUAGAACCAUCAGGUACCCAGAUCCACUCGUGAAAGUUCAUGAUACCAUUCAGCUUGAUAUUGCUACUGGCAAAAUCAUCGAUAUCAUCCGAAUGGAGUCAGGUAACCUUUGCAUGAUUACUGGAGGUCGUAACUUGGGAAGAGUUGGUACUGUUGUAAACAGGGAGAGACAUCCUGGAUCCUUCGAUAUCGUUCAUAUCAAGGAUGCCAGUGGCCACACCUUUGCCACACGGUUGAACAAUGUGUUCAUCAUUGGUAAGGGUAGCAAAGCUUACGUUUCAUUACCUAAAGGCAAGGGUGUGAAAUUGAGUAUCGCUGAGGAGAGGGAUAAGAGGCUUGCGGCGAAGGGUGCAUCCAGCUAAUUUAGCCUGAUGUUGUAAUAUGUUUUUAAAAAAUAUAAAAGUUUGAAAAUGUAUUAUUUAUUUUUAUUUUGUUAUCAUAUGUUUUGUACCUUAACCUGUACCGUACAGUACCCUACUGUAGCGAUAGGAUAUCGAAGGCCCAAUAUCAAUAGACGACAUUAUCGAUCUUAUAAACAUUUUUAAAAAUAUGAAUAUUAAUAUAAAUA